AUGGCUGGCUCCAAGUGGGUGAACGAGGAUGAUCCUGAGAUGUCUCACCCUAGCGGCCUGUAUGUCCUUCCGUUGAAGCCGGCGAAGAAGACCGAGAGCUACACCUACACCUGGAAGAAGAACGAGAAGGGUGAGCUGGAGGAGUACGCAGGAUACGUCAAGGUGCCGUUCAAGGGCGAGGAGCGAGCCGCCGCCUACUACACCCAGCGCAAGGGCAACGGAUGCUGGGACCACUGGGGCAAAAGCGGCGAGGGAGAGGCAGUCUGA